AUGCAUCGCGUCACAAACCACCUUGCUGACCUGACAUCAUGCCCUUGUGGGUUUGAUCAGAAUCGCAAUAUGAAUGAUAGCAGGAGUUGCCGUGAACUUGCAAUGCACAUCAAAUCUCUUUUUAUCACAUCUGAACUCAGCAUCUGUACCGCCCGCAUAAGCUAUCACAGAGGCGCAGGCCUACGUGCUGCAAUGGGAUUGUCGGAGGGAGGCCUAAAAACUGCCGUGAUCACCAAGAUUUUCCCCACCCGAUCGCAUACUGUUGCUGCACAGGGAGGUAUCAACGCAGCGUUGGGAAGCAUGAACAAGGAUGAUUGGCGCUGGCAUUUCUAUGAUACUGUCAAGGUAAAAAACAAUCUAAAACGCUUGAAAUAA